AUGGUAGUUCGUAUGAGCAGUCUGCCAGUCACGUGGUUAAUGGCGGCCGAGAAGAUGUACAACACGUCUCUGCUGCUGGACCAGAUGCUGAUUGGUUACGAUAGACGACUCCGACCGGGGUUUGGAGGCAAACCGGUUACUGUGAACGUGUAUAUCAACCUGCGAUCCAUGGGACCUAUAUCAGAGUUAGAUAUGGUCUACACGAUGGACUGUUACUUCCGCCAGACGUGGAACGACAAGCGCCUGUCCAUGAACAACUCUCUGGAACACAUGCCGCUCGGCAUCACCAUCCUGGAGAAGAUCUGGCAUCCCGACACCGUCUUCUACAACGGGCAGAAGUCCUACCUGCACACCAUCACGACGCCUAACAAGUUUAUCCGCAUCAGCCCCGACGGCAACAUCCUGUACUCACAGAGACUGACAAUACAGGCAAAUUGUAUUAUGGAUCUGAAAAGGUUCCCGAUGGAUAUCAAGCGUUGUCCACUACAUUUUGGUAGCUUUGCUUAUUCCGACAGCGACGUUAUCUACAGAUGGCGGUACGAUCACAAGAAAUCGAUAGAGACGGCAAAAGACAUCUGGCUGUCCCAGUUUGAUCUGGUGGAUAACAAUUUAUACAAUUACACCAGCGAAAUCAAGGGAGAUAAAUGAAUGAUACUAUUCUCUCUAGCCCCUCACACUGUUCUCUCGGUUAAAUUCCACCUGUAUCGGAACACUGGCUACUUCAUCAUCCAGAUCUACGUACCGUGUGCCUUGCUGGUCAUCUUGUCGUGGGUGGCCUUCUGGAUAAACAGGGAGGCUACAGCAGACAGAAUUGCAUUAGGGACAACCACGGUACUGACGAUGACUCUUCUGGGAAUAGAAAACAAGAAUGCCUUCCCCAAAGUGCCCUACAGCACGGCUCUCGAUCUUUACGUUGGAGUGUGUUUCGCUUUUAUCCUAGCUACUAUUGUUGAGUUUGCAUUCGUUCAUUACUUUACAAAGUAUGGGACUGGAGAACCUUUUCUGUACGACUCAACUGAUGAUGACAGUUCGUUUGACGAGGAGUGUACAGAUAUGGAGAGCCGAGGCGCUGUUUUCAAAGUUAAUGGAAUGAACGGACUGGAUGACAUCCAAGACACGACACAAGACCAUCAAGUUAAGAAAGGUUUCCUCGCCAAACUGUGUGGAUGCUUGACCGAAACUAAAGGCUACAAAGGCAUACAGAAGCGAGAUAUGCAAAGAGCGUUUAGCAACAGCGUCAGCAAAAUAGACCGGCUGUGUAGAAUUAUGUUUCCGUUAGCCUUCUUGGUGUUCAAUGCCGUGUACUGGAUUGCUUACUCCCGUUGGCCGUCGAGAUGACAACUAUUGGUCUUUCUUAUUUCUGAAAUGCUGAUGGUGUUCGGGUGAUGACGCAGUUGAAGUAUGCAUUCAAAACUUUACCUGUAGAAGAACGAGGUGAGAUUCAGGUUCACCACGAGCGUGAAGCCAACAGUCCAUUGAUAAUGAUGAUGAAGCACAGCAGUUCAGCCACUAGAUGUGUGUGGAUGAGACAGCAUUGAAUUUAAUAAGCAAACAGUUAAAUCAUAUCGCUGUAUGUAAGAGCCAAUUACUCAGAAAAGUAAAAUUUGAUCAACAGUGUUUGUAUUAUAAAUAUAAAUAUCGACUUAACGGUGCUCGACUGUAUUGUUAUUUUGGAGAGUUAAAGUGUGCAAACACUCUAGCGAUUCAGGCACGACAUUUUGUACAUUACAAUUGACCUUGAACAGUAUUACAAACCAUGUAGGAAGAAUGUAUCGUCCGGGAAGUUAUAAAUCGUCGCACAGACAGAGUAAAAAGGAUAUAUCGUCGUGUGGAGUCGUAUUCAUCCAGCAGACGAAACCACUGACAAUAUAUUAUGGUUGACAUGUUCGUUGAACUAUGUAUUGUACAGAGACACGAACGUGAAUGUUUAAUAGUUAUUCGUUCAGAGUGUGUACAGAUAUACGGUUUUGGAUGUGG